AUGCCCGACUUUACUCCCACCCAAUCCCUAAAAUUCACCACCCUCGACGUAUUCACCUCUAAACCCUUCACCGGAAACCCUCUCGCGGUCGUCACUCUCCCCUCUCAAUCCGCGAUCUCGCACGAACAAAAACAGUUCAUCGCGCGUGAAUUCAAUUACUCCGAGACCGUCUUCGUCUCCGCCUCCACCACAAGCGCCAACACCCAGGGCACUGACACGGACGCCACCGCCACAAAACCUGAAUACGAUGUGGCGAUCUUCACGACAGAUGCGGAGAUCCCAUUCGCGGGACAUCCGACCAUCGGAACCUCGCAUUUCCUGCUCUCACAGGCUGCUCAUGCCACAGAGGCCAUUCUGAACGUGAAAGCAGGCCCUAUCCACGCACGAUAUGACCCACAGACUGGGUUCGCCUCCGCUCGGAUCCCACAGGCAUUCCACGUCCACGCUCAGGCCCUCGCAGCGUCCGCACUACUUCGGAAUCAAGUCUCUCUUGCGCCGUACUUGAAGGAUAUAAAGGAGACGAAGACAUAUCCUGUUGUUUCUAUUGUGAAGGGCAUGACGUUCGUACUCGUUGACCUGGCGUCACUGGAGGAACUGGAGGCCGUCACGCUCGCAUGCACGCCUAUCCCGGAAAUCCAACUCGAUACACAUGAUGGGUGGGAUAAAUCCCUCGUAGGACUCUACUUCUACGUCCUCCAAAGCCAGCCAAGCGAUUCGUCACAGGCACAUAAAUUCAAGCUAAGGACGAGGAUGAUAGAGCCCGAGUUGGGGGUGGAAGAUCCUGCGACGGGGAGCGCUGCGAGUACAUUGGCGUGUUAUUUGGCGACGAGGGAGCAGGAGAGAGGAUCCGGAGGAGCGAGGUAUGCAUUUGAGAUGGUGCAAGGGGUGGAGAUGGGGAGGAGAAGUGAGAUUGGAUUGGAGGUUGAGGUGGGGAAGGAGGGUGACGUGACGGAGGUUGUGUUGAGUGGGACGGCUGUUGCGGUCAGUGAGGGAACACUCAGGGUUUGACCGGGCUUGGUCUAAGAAAACGAAGGAUACAUCUCUGUUUUCUGUUGAAUGCAUUGACAGUUGUGCUUCGGUUUGCUACGGUUUGGCCACUAUUUCUUGAGCGUUGGCGUUCGAUCUUGCUGUCAUGCCACCAUCCCAGCUCUCUAUCUACUAACAUCUCGUUUUAUUUCAUUGCCAAGAACUGUAUGGGGUUCUCUCUCCAACUUCACUGCUCAGUUGGUCGAAUGUAAAUCCCCCUUUCGCCCUUUCGCCCUAACAUCAAGGGAGAUGAUCGAGAACAUUGGGAGUGUUCGUUACCGAGUAUUGAGAGGUGCCAUAGUAUGCGUUGUGCGGUGCUAGAAGCAGGGCUUUCUGCAUAUGAGAGCGCAGGAGUUGAUUACAUGCAAAAAUAGGUCACCUCAUUGUGGCCUCGAGUUCUAAUAUCGGUCUGCCCUAUGCGUGGACGUUGAGGGUGUACAAAGCCGGUUUCCUAGCGAACUGGGAGAUGGUGAUCAAGAAGGGACUGCAGCGUGUAUACGGACUUGAUGAUGACGAC